UUUUUGAGAUAUUCCCAUGUUUAUUUAAUUUGUAAAGGUGUUGUUGUUACAACAACAACUACCCCAACAGCCGUUGCUUCUUCAGCAGCUUCUUCUUCUAAUUCCAUUGCCUCCUCUUCGGGUAUUGUUUUGAUGAAUUCUCCAUCAAUGAAUGCCUCAAAUAAUUCCAUUACUGCUGUUUCCUCAUCUUCAAAUUCUUCAAUUAUUGGCCCAUCAGGACCCUGGCACUCUAAAAUUUCAACAACAAUUAAAAACUCCAUUUUGGGAACUCCUCGUUUUCACAGAAAAUCUGUUGGAGGAAGUAGUAAUAAUACAAAUAAUGGAUAUAAUGCUGGUAGUAAUGAAUCUGAUACAGAAUGCAAUGGAGGUGUUUCUUCAACAAAUUUGUCUGACUCAACAUCUGAUCUCGUCAAAAAAUCAUUUUUCGGUUCAUUAUCGAUGAGUGGAGCAGAUAGAGACGAUACUCCCUGUAUUCCUGUUCAAAACAAAACUUUGCCAGAAAUUAAAGCUGAAUUAAUACGGCUAUUUUUAACAAUUCACGAACUUAGCCAUUCUGUUGUCGGCCAAAAUUCGUUUAGAGUUGAAUACAAACGUUUGCCUUAUUUAGGAUUUUCUAGGGGUGUAAAAUUUCAAGUGGAUAUUCUAACACCUCCAAAUCAACGAAGAGACUCUCAAAACUCGAUUAAUUGUUCUGAAAUAACUGAUUUUUAUGUUGUUCAGUUUACUUUGAUUUCCGGACCUCUUCGAAGAUUCCGUCGAUUAUUCGAACAUUUUUCGACUGUUCUCCAAAGUUCACAAAGGUAG